AUGCGUAUUCUAGCUUACAAUACUCAUGUGACAUUUAAUGGUAUUGGUACUGCUUUAGCAUUACGUAGUGCUGGUGGUCUUUCAGGAAAUACUUUGGGUGGUGUCUUUCAAAAAGUUAUUCAAAAUCAUGCAGAUCUAUUGCAGACAAUAUCUGUUAUUACAUUGUCUCUGCGUGUUUUAAUUACGCCGUAUACCAGCUUGUUGAUGGCUUUGAAGAUCGUACUUUGUUUGCAAGGUACUCCAAAACGCUCGAUUAGUAUCAGUGAGUAUUAA